AUGUGUUGCAGAAUUGUUCUCGCAUCCUUCUCCUCGGGACAUUUCAUUCUCCCAUCUCGUUUAAAUGAUAAUGUCAUCUCCCAGCGGCGAAUGCAGCGAAGAGAAACGCAUCGCGAUUAUUGUCGCCUGAGAGACAGAGAGAGAGAGAGAGAGAGAGAGAAACAAGAAAGCGCGCUCUCCCAUAGGCGCGAUCGUGCUAAUCAGCUGAACGCGCGAUCAGCCGUAGCGCGAUCGAUCCCGUGAUUCCCCGUGAUCCGAUCCGCGAGAUCAACCUUGAGGAGUGUAGAGGAACCAUCGAUGAUCCCGAGAGAGAAAUGACCAAGUUUCCCGUACCCGCGUGCAUGCCGCGUCAGGCAUGAGAGCUGGGCGCACAGCUGCACGAGCGAUUUGUUGUUGUUCCACGCGCCUCACAGGUUAUGUGAGACCCGUGCGAGUGGAUCGCCCGGAGACGCGCAACCCGAGAGACGUACGUCGGCGAGUUAUGGUGCGGCCCGAUCCCUCCUGAGUGACUCCCGGUGGCCUAAACGAUGGAGCGGAACGGCGCCAGAGAGAUGGAGGAGCGCCGGUGUAUUCGGGACACGGGGAGGGCCCUGAAGAAGUACGGGAGCACGGCCAAGCACAUGACGCGGACCGAGAGCUUGGUGAAGCACACGGUCUGCCCUACGGACACCCUCCAGGGAAUAGCGCUUAAAUAUGGAGUCACGACAGAACAAAUAAGAAGGAUCAAUAGAUUGUGGGCGUCGGAUAGUUUAUUUUUACGGGAACAUUUGCUUAUUCCUGUUAGCGCGGACAGUCCCGCCUCUACGUGUAACGAUGAAUCGGUAACUUCUGAGGAGCACGAUGUCCCUCCAAAUAUAUCUAGUCCUUCUUCGGUAUCGUCGUCCAUCGGUGACGAAAGUUCAGUUAAUGAUUUCUUAGCUAAGAUGGAUACCUCAAUAGCAAAUGCUAAGAGAGACGUCAAACGCGCUCAAGGGAACAGUGAAUUCUGCACUGACGGUAAUGACGCUUACGUACAACGACGGCGUGGGUCUGCUAAACUGCGAAACUCAUUUCCCACCACAUCGAAUACCUACUCGACGUCCUCCUCUGACACCGUCAGACCAGUGUCCUCUAGUGAUAUGCAUAACUUUCCAACUGCUGUAGUUAUGACGCAGGGAAGAAGAGUAAAGACUUCCUUACAAAGACUCGAGCAGCAGCAAGACGAGAUGUUCCAGUUGUAGCGUCUAAGUUUCAUUGGGCUGUAAUAUCCCUAUGUGUCGACUGUUAUUAAAAAAAAAAAGCUUAUAGGAAAGGAUGUACUGUAUAUCAAUGCCAAUAGGAGAUUGCUUUUCACGCGUUUCUGACGUUGGUUGAUCCAAAAAUUACAUAUAAUUUAAUUAAAUCGAACUAUGCAGCGCGUUCUCUUUUUAACGUUGAAAGACCGUAUCCCGAUGUAAAGCAAUAUUCUUGUAUAACGAUCGCACUAACUAAUCGUAUCCCGGUCUUAUGACCUUCUUUUCAUCGUAAUGAUAUCAUGAAGAAUGGAUCAACUAACUUUUAUACGUAGUGCUGAACCGUUUUACAUAACGUUGCUUAGUGGACCAUAUGUGCCUUGAAUAUAAAACUGCGUUAUGUAAAGGUCCUAUUCAUAUUCUGUUUUUACUUGGUUAAGUCACAUAAUUGAUGUAUAUUUUUUUCGAAUACUUUAUUU